AUGUGCCCCGGCAGCUCCUCCAGAACGAGCGGAGGCGGAACCAUAGCGGUUCUGUCGACUCCAAUUUCGCAACGUCAGGCGCCUCCCGCGAACGUGUUUGAGGGUGAGAUAUACUUCCACCCGAGCUCGACGCUGUCUCGAGGCACCACAGCAAGUUUCAAAAGCCGAACGCCGCACGCAGCUCUGACGGCCGUUCCUUACUACGUCGUCAUCCACCAAAAAGGCGACCUGUCAAUGCCCGUUGGACAGGCCGGUCUGCUGCACAGGUUCAGGAUUCCACCUCAGCAGGCAGUACCAGCAGAGUCGCUCUACCGAUGGGACCUUGAUCAGGUGUUGAAUCUGAGCGUCGGAGGCGACGGCAUCGUUGGCAGGAGAAUCUCCAUUUUUGAGGACGUGGGUCUGCAGAGGCAGGUUGCUGAAGGAAUCAUCGGGUGGAACUGA